UUUAACUUAAGUUUAAAUUAUACAAUAAUGUGAAAAUGAUGUGUACUCUGUGGGGUUGUUAUGCUAAACAAGUAUACGAUUACAGUAUGAGUAACAUGUCCACGAUGAUUAUUUGUGUUAUCAGGUUCUGUUCUGUUAAAGAGUGGAAAGGUGCUUACUCCAUAUCUAGCGGGUAUAAUUCAACCCAUAUUUUGCUCAACCCAACACUUGAAUUUAUUGAGGAGUUCAAAGCAAGUCUCCCUAUUGAUUCACUUGCUCUUACAAACAAUGAUAGUAGCCAAUGGUCUGUUGGUACUGCUACAUCUAUUCGUGCCAGGUUUUUUGUUCUUAAUGAGAAGCUAACCAUAAGAGAGAUCAUUGAUAGUACUCGGGUUGGCACUUUUGUCACUCUGGGUACUAUUGAAACAAUUGAUAUUGAACGUGGCUGGCAAUAUUUAAGUUGCAAAUACCACAACAAAAAAGUGAUGCCUACAACCAAUGUUGAUGCUGAUAACCGUCCCUUGUUCUUCUGCAAUACAUGUUCAAAUUAA